AUGGAUACUAAAACUCCAGUUACUUUAGCUAAAGUCAUUAAAGUCUUAGGUAGAACCGGUUCAAGAGGUGGUGUUACUCAAGUCAGAGUUGAAUUCUUAGAAGAUACUACCAGAACUAUUGUCAGAAACGUCAAAGGUCCAGUUAGAGAAAACGAUAUCUUAUGUUUAAUGGAAUCAGAAAGAGAAGCCAGAAGAUUACGUUAA